CCACACCUGUGACCAGUUCUGCGGACAGCAUGCUUUCAACACCUUCAGUUUACACCAGCACAUCUGUGACCACUUCUACCCAAGUCAGGUCAUCUCCUACAACUCCUGAAGAUACCAGUAUGCCAAACUUGACUCCUAGUGAAGGAAGCACUCCAUUAACAAUUUUGCCUGUCAGCACCACCUCAGAGACCAUUUCUGAUCCUAGCACACCUUCAACACCUCCUGUUGACACCAGCACACCUGUGACCACUUCUACCCACAUCAGUUCAUCUCCUACAACUCCUGAAGUCACCACCAUGCCAAUCUCGACUGCUAGUGAAGGAAGCACUCCAUUAACAACUAUUCCUGUCAGCACCACACGUGUGACCAGUUCUGAGGGUAGCACCCUUUCAACACUUUCUGUUGACACCACCACACCUGCGACCACUUCUACCCUGGUCAGUUCAUCUCCUACAACUCCUGAAGUCAUCACCAUGCCAAUCUCUACUCCUAGUGAAGGAAGCACUCCAUUAACAACUAUUCCUGUCAGCACCACACGUGUGACCAGUUCUGAGGGCAGCACCCUUUCAACACUUUCUGUUGACACCACCACACCUGCAACCACUUCUACCCACAUCAGUUCAUCACCUACAACUCCUGAAAUCACCACCAUGCCAAUCCCUACUCCUAGUGAAGGUAGCACUCCAUUAGCAACUAUUCCUGUCAGCACUACUAGUCUGACCAGUUCUGAGGGUAGCACCAUUUCAACACCUUCUGUUGAUAUCAGCACACCUGUGACCACUUCUAUCCAAGUCAGUUCAUCUGCUACAACUCCUGAAGGUACCAGUAUGGCAACCUCGACUCCUAGUGAAGGAAGCACUCCAUUAACAACUAUUCCUGUCAGCACCACACCUGUGACCAGUUCUGCGGACAGCAUGCUUUCAACAACUUCAGUUUACACCAGCACAUCUCACACCUGUGACCACUUCUACCCAAGUCAGUUCAUCUCCUACAACUCCUGA